AUGGAUUCCAAUAAUUUGAUACCUGAUCAGGGUUCUGAACCCACUCUCGACACUAAAGAAAGAUCUCCUACCAAUAAUCCUCCCGAUCAAGGAUUUGUUUUACAGUCUCAACAUCCUACUCCUCAUCAGCAGCUUCUACCCCAAACCAUUCAAAAUCAUGUUGCACCUCAACCUAACCUGUCAUUGCUAUCGACUCUAUCUCAGACUCCCAGCCAGAAUAAUAGCCUAUUUUCCAACACACAGCAACCUGGGCUAAAUUCCGCGAGUAAUUCUAUUGGCCAGAAUUCCAAUAUACCGGAUGAAGCAACAACGAUAGCAGAACCUAAGGCAGCCAAAUCAGUUGAAUGCCUCUCAACAAUCAGUUAUGCAAAUAUCAUUUGCUAUGCAGCCUUCGACAUUGCAGCAACAAUUGCAACACAACAGAAAAUGGGUUUGCAGCUGCAGCCAAGUUCUUCGCAACGAGAUAUGCAGCAAAAUCUCCAAGCAUCAGGGUCCUUACGUCAACAGCAAAGUGUUCUUGAUCAUCAAAAACAAUUAUAUCAUUCCCAAAGAGCUCUUCCUGAAACAUCCACAAGAAAUUUCUAUGAGACUUCACUACAGUCUCAUGAAAAUCAAAUGAUCUUCCAAAUGCAACCUUCAAACUUACAAGGUUCUUCAGCGACUGUAAAGAAGAACAUUGCUGCGAGCUUGCAGCUUAAUUCUAUGUCUGGUUUAUCAACAACGCAACAAAAUAUGUCUAAUACAAUUCAACCAAGUAAUAAUGUAGAGGCCAGGAAAGGAAAUUUUAUGAACUCUCUGCAACAGGUUCCCUUGAGCUCCCUUCAACAAAACAGUUGA